GACCGUGGUGAUUGCAGCUGCUUAGGGGCAGGGCUUGCCCCAGCUCUGAGUGCUAGCUCUGGAGUGGUUGCGUCGGGGUAGCCUGGGAUUGGGGAGACACGGGGGCCUGGGAGCGGCUCUUGGCGGGCAACCCUCUCUUUCUGUGGACGCGGGACAUCCGGAGCGCUCCGAGGGGCUUUUGCCCUUGAGGAGACGUGGGGUUCCAGGGCGGCAGGUGACAGGGCCAGAGAAAGAUGGAGCAGUUCGGGGCGGCGGCGUCGGGAGCUGGAGGCGGCGGCGAGGAACCCGGCGUGGGCCGGAGCAACAAGCGGAGCGCGGGGAACCGGGCCGCCAACGAAGAGGAAACGAAAAACAAACCCAAAUUGAACAUUCAAAUAAAAACUUUGGCAGAUGAUGUGCGUGACCGAAUUACAAGUUUCAGAAAAUCUACCGUCAAAAAAGAAAAACCUCUUAUUCAACAUCCUAUUGAUUCUCAAGCUGUGAUGAGUGAGUUUCCAGCGGCUCAGCCAUUAUAUGAUGAACGAUUUCAGAAUUUGUCUGAAAAGGAAGUUCUGGACCUCUUUGAGAAAAUGAUGGAGGAUAUGAACCUUAACGAAGAAAAGAAGGCCCCUUUACGAAACAAGGAUUUUACCACCAAGCGUGAGAUGGUUGUCCAGUAUAUUUCUGCUACUACCAAAUCUAUAGUUGGAAGUAAAGUUAUGGGUGGCCUGAAAAACAGCAAGCAUGAAUGCACUCUGUCUUCACAAGAAUAUGUUCACGAAUUGCGAUCAGGUAUCUCAGAUGAGAAACUUCUCAACUGUCUGGAAUCUCUGAGGGUUUCCUUAACCAGCAAUCCUGUCAGCUGGGUUAACAACUUUGGCCAUGAAGGACUUGGACUUUUACUGGAUGUGCUGGAAAAGCUUCUGGACAAAAAACAGCAAGAAAAUAUCGACAAGAAGAAUCAGUACAAACUCAUUCAGUGCUUGAAAGCAUUUAUGAAUAAUAAGUUUGGACUGCAAAGGAUUUUAGGUGAUGAGAGGAGUCUUUUAUUGUUGGCAAGAGCGAUUGACCCCAAACAACCCAACAUGAUGACUGAAAUAGUAAAAAUACUUUCUGCUAUUUGCAUUGUUGGUGAAGAGAACAUUCUAGACAAACUUUUAGGGGCUAUCACUGCUGCAGCUGAAAGAAAUAACAGAGAACGAUUUUCAGCAAUUGUCGAAGGAUUAGAAAAUCACGAAGCCCUACAACUCCAGGUGGCCUGCAUGCAGUUCAUAAAUGCACUUGUCACUUCUCCAUAUGAUCUUGAUUUUCGAAUUCAUUUGAGAAAUGAGUUCCUCCGUUCUGGACUAAAAGCAAUGCUCCCAGGUCUUAAAGAAAAAGAGAAUGAUGAGCUUGAUAUUCAGUUGAGAGUGUUUGAAGAGAACAAAGAAGAUGACCUAAAUGAAUUAUCCCACCGUCUCAAUGACAUUCGAGCUGAAAUGGAUGAUAUGAAUGAGGUCUACCAUCUUCUCUAUAAUAUGCUGAAAGACACUGCAGCUGAAAAUUACUUACUAUCCAUUCUGCAGCACUUUCUGCUUAUCAGAAAUGACUAUUAUAUAAGGCCACAGUAUUAUAAAAUAAUUGAGGAGUGUGUUUCACAAAUAGUGCUGCACUGCAGUGGCAUGGACCCGGACUUCAAGUACAGGCAAAGAUUAGACAUUGAUUUGACUCACCUGAUAGAUGCUUGUGUAAACAAGGCAAAAGUUGAAGAAAGUGAACAAAAAGCAAUGGAAUUUUCAAAGAAGUUUGAUGAAGAAUUCACAGCUCGUCAGGAAGCUCAAGCGGAGCUUCAGAAAAGAGAUGAAAAAAUCAAAGAACUGGAAACAGAAAUCCAGCAGCUUAGAACCCAGGGAGCUUCAUCUGAGAUCCCAGGCCCACCUCCACCACCUCCACUGCCAGGUGCUGGACCAUGCCCACCACCUCCUCCUCCACCACCACCUCCACUUCCUGGAGUAGCUCCUCCUCCUCCACCACCUUUACCUGGUAUGCCUGGUAUUCCACCACCACCACCUCCCCUUUUGCUUGGAGGACCUCCUCCACCACCACCCCCUGGAGGAAUUCUUCCUCCCCUACCAGGAGCAAUUGAGCUACCAUAUGGAAUGAAGCAGAAAAAAGUAUAUAAACCAGAAGUAUCCAUGAAGAGAAUCAACUGGUCCAAGAUUGAGCCUAAAGAAUUAUCUGAAAACUGUUUCUGGCUAAAAGUAAAAGAAGAAAAGUUUGAGAAUCCAGACCUAUUUGCAAAAUUGUCCUUGACAUUCACUUCCCAGAAAAAAGGUCAAAGGAAUGCAGAUGCUGCAGAAGAAAUUAGGCCCGGGCCUCCAAAGAAGAAAAUGAAGGAAUUGAGGAUUUUGGAUCCCAAAACAGCCCAGAAUCUGUCUAUAUUUCUAGGAUCUUACCGCAUGCCAUAUGAGGAGAUAAAGAACAUUAUUUUGGAGGUUAAUGAAGACUUGCUCAGUGAGGCCCUAAUUCAGAAUCUUGUUAAACAUCUUCCUGAGCAGAAUGUACUCCGAGAACUAGCAGAGCUUAAGAAUGAAUAUGAUGAUCUCUGUGAGCCUGAGCAGUUUGGCGUUGUGAUGAGCUCGGUGAAAAUGUUACGGCCUCGUCUCACAAGCAUCCUUUUCAAACUCACCUUUGAAGAACAUAUAAACAACAUCAAACCAGGCAUCAUAGCAGUAACUCUUGCAUGUGAAGAGCUGAAGAAAAGUGAAAGCUUUAACAGACUAUUAGAGUUGGUUCUUUUGAUUGGAAACUACAUGAACUCAGGCUCAAGAAAUGCCCAGUCUUUGGGCUUUAAGAUCAACUUUCUUUGUAAGAUCAGAGAUACAAAGUCAGCAGAUCAAAAAACAACCCUUUUGCAUUUUCUUGCUGAAAUAUGUGAGGAAAAAUACCGAGAUAUCCUGAAAUUUCCUGAUGAGCUGGAACAUGUGGAAAGUGCAAGCAAAGUUUCAGCUCAAAUUCUCAAGAGCAACCUUGCAGCGAUGGAACAAAACAUUCUUCAUCUGGAGCGUGACAUCAAGAAUUUCCCCAAAGCAGAAAGUCACCAUGAUAAGUUUGUGGAAAAGAUGAUGAGCUUUACAAAGAAUGCCAGAGAGCAAUAUGAAAAAUUGUCCACCAUGCACAACAAUAUGGUGAAGCUUUAUGAGAACCUGGGAGAAUACUUCAUUUUUGAUCCAAACACAGUAACUAUAGAAGACUUUUUUGGUGAUCUCAACAACUUCAGAAGCCUAUUUUUGGAAGCACUGAAAGAAAACCAUAAGAGAAAAGAAAUGGAAGAGAAGAGUAGGAGGGCAAAACUUGCAAAAGAGAAAGCUGAACAAGAGAAGCUGGAACGCCAGAAGAAGAAGAAGCAGCUCAUUGAUAUAAACAAAGAGGGUGAUGAGACCGGAGUGAUGGAUAAUCUUCUGGAAGCCCUACAGUCAGGUGCAGCAUUCAGAGACCGCAGAAAGAGAAUUCCAAGGAAUCCAGAAAACAGACGGGCCCCUCUGGAAAGAUCACGCUCUCGCCACAAUGGAGCCAUGUCAUCCAAGUGAUUCCUGAUGCCAGAAAGAAUGGAGACAUUUAAGAAAACAAAAUCAUUCAUCUUGAGAAGAACAAAAUAUACACUCAAGGGUUUGAGUGGAAAUAAAUGCAUUUCCACAAAGGUCAAGCUGAGCUGGGUGAAGUAAUAUGUAUUUGUAGGAGUACUGCAAGUCCACUAAUCCAAACCCAGCUAUCCUGAUUAGAAACCAGUUGUUCCUCUGUAGUGUAAAGACCCACAUUACUUGACAUUUGGAGACAUUACCUGACUGUGGAGGCAAAAGUAUAAAAAGAAAAUAGAAGAAUCCUAAGGCUCCUACAAACAUUCCAUUAGAUUCUGUCAAAGAAUGUAAAACUGAAAUUUCUAGGUCACACCUACCCACCCUACCCCACUGUCCAAAAAAAUAAAAGAGGAGGAAAGGGGAAUAGAUGGGAAGAUUUUUCAGUGUCUGCUUCUAGCUCUUCGUAUGUAUGUAUAUAGUGUAAAGUCUGAGAGAAUGGGCGCGAAUAGCACACUCUGAAAAAGAAGCCCCAGUCAAGGUAUUUAGAACCCAUUUCAAGUGAAAGUUGAUGGAUUUAUCUAUUUGGCAGAAAUUAAUCUUACCAUUAGUCUAGUGUUUCAGCAUGAUAUCACAGGCACUUAUCAUUACUAAAAAUACAAAAUAAGCUAGGUUUCAACUUUAUUUAAGAAGUGUUUUCUAAUUCUGCAUAGAUAUCUGCCUUAUAGAAAUUCUUCGGAAAGCUAUUUUUGAGAAAACCUCUACACUUCAUGCAUAUGCUAGGGAUGAGCCUGAAAAUUCUAUUGCCUUUAUUUAGAUUUGAGAGGAAAAUAUUGAUUCCUGGUUCUUCACUCUAGUGCUUCUUUCUCACUUCAUCCCUGAGAGUUGGGGAAUAGAACUGCAGAAGAGUCCAGAGGGAGGAAAGGGAUUUCAUUAUGCAGGAGGCAGUAGAAAACUUUGUAAAGGUCAAUUGUUUUAUCUCCCUUUCCACCCCUUUACCUGUUCUACUUUGGUAGUUGAAGUCAAAGCAAGUGUCUGUGCAUGUGUGUGGGUGUGGGUGCACAUGUGUGUGCGUGCAUGCAUGUGCAUGUAUGUACGCACGUGUGCAUGCAUGUGUGCGUGCUUAUAUCUCUUACUGCAGUAAUUCCAUAUCCUUGUAACAAGGUAAACCUCUCUGUCAUCAUCAUACUUACUUACCUUAUAUUAUUAACACAUUUCAGUGAUGCUGCCAAAACAACACUAGCAGAUAAAGAAGCUUGGCAUUGUUUUAAACAUGUGAGAGAGCAGAAGUUAUACUUAACUUAUCUAUUUGCUUACAAUGUGCAUUUGUAAUAAUUGAUGUAACUUCUCAGGAGUGUAAUUUCAAGACUAAUUCAUGCAGAUGAUUGUGAUUGCUGUAAAAGAUUGCUUGUAUGUAUAUUUCUUAUGUAGAAAAUUUGAUUUCUCCAAAGCACAUUAUAGACAUUCAGAGAAAAGAACAAAUGACUGGCUUAGCAAGCCACCUUCUGAGAUAAUGUAAACAAGUUACCAGUAGCUCACAACAUCUUUAUACUGAUGUAUAUUAAUUUAAACUGUUGCCUUUCAUCCUAGAGCAUUCUUACUUGGGUAUAAUAAUUCAAAAUACUCUGAAGCUGCUAUAAUAGAGAAAUCAGAAGGUGACAAUGUCUGAGUUUUUUUUUCAUUUUUUUCUUAAGUGAAAAAUCACACACACACACACACACUUAAAAACAUACCACUUUCACAUACUUUUUAAAACAAUAACUACAAAAUUGAAGUUCUACUAAUUGAUGUAAAUAACUACUGUAUGCAUUUUUGACUUUGCAAAGUAUUUUCUGAAAUAUUGUGGUAUGGCUUAUUUGAGGUUUUGUGUUUUAUUUUUUAUAGCUUUUCAGGCUGUAGAAAAUUGAUCUUGAAAUGUAAACGUUGACUGAAAUUUGGGGCAUUUGCCCUGCCAUAUUACCUAACUGGUCAAGGUUAACAUACUGAUGCGUAUCACCUUUUCCAGAUGUGAACUUGCCUUAUUUUCUAGUUUGUAAACAGGAAUGAAUGAAGUACUGUUAUUGAUAAAUUAUAUAUUUGUAUUUAAAUGCAUUCCACAUGCUUUUCACAAACAUUAGAAAACCUUUCAGGGGACACAAUUAACUUAUAGGACUUACAGUAGUCUUGCUCCAGCCACUUGCACUUUUUAUUUUAGGUUGAAGAGUAUCAUCCACAAAGAAAUAUGUAGUGCAAUUUUUAAAAUAAAACCAAAUUAGGCUGAAAUUUUUAUUUUUGAUUAUUUCUGCCACAGAUGAGAAAUGCCAUUUCUACAACUUUUUCUCUGGAAUGUUACCUAACAAGUUAACUGAUGAGUAUAUUUUCCUUUGGCUACUGUAAUGCUUGACAGUAAAUCUGAUAGUUUAAUAACAGAGCAAUGUAUUCUCCCAUGGUCCUGAAGUCUAGAGGCUUGACAUCUGGGCAUCAGACCAUUCAUGCUCCCUCCAGAGGCUACAGCAGAGGUCCCUUCUUUGCCUUGUUCAUCUUUGGAUAGCCACAUUUUUCUGUUCCACUUCACAUUACCUUCCUCUCUGUGUACCUGAUCUCUCUCUGCCUCUCUUGUAAGGAUGCUAUGGUGGCAUUUAGAGACCACCAUGUUAAAACAGGAUGAUAUCACCACUGAUCCUGAACUUCAUGAUAUCUGCAUGACUCUUCUCCCCACCUGUCUGCCAACUGACCCCCAGAAUGUAUGUUUGUCCCAUAUGUAAAAUGCAUUCACCUCUUCUCAAUGUUCUCCAGGCUCAAAAGUAACUUCUAACUCCAAAAUUUCAUCCAAAUGCCAUUAGUUCCAAAUCCAAUAAUCUAGAUCAUCCAAUGAAGUAUGAAUGAUAUUUAGAUAUUCCGAUUCCUGGAACAAUAGCCUUUCUCUACCUGGUACUCAGUGAGAGAACAAAUAAAAAUGAAUUAUUCUCUCCUAAAAUAGCACUAGGGCAGGCGUGGACUAAUAACAAAGGAACUCCUGCUCCAAAAGGGAAAGAACAGAAAGUAGAAAGGAGUCAUCUGCCCCAACAGUUUUCCAAACAUCCAGCCAAACAAGUUGCCCAUAGGUGUCAAGGCAUGGCAAUGGCUUUCUGUCUCAGAUAUCACCCUUUGGAACUGUAGCUCUUUUCUCUGCUCCAGGCCUCAGGUCUCUGCCUUUGUACCCACAGUUGUUUUUGCCUUUAAGGUGCUUCUUUUACUAAUCUGAAAGUUAUUACAUUUUGCAGAUGAGUAAUUUUAUUAGCUUGUUUUCUGACCGUAGUGAUCUAUCUGGCAGCCUUCUCUCAUUUCCUCCUAUCUGUUUGUUUCAAACCAAGCCAAAAGUAUUCUGAUAAUUAUUGCAUUCUCAAAAAUCACAUUUGAGUUCCAAGUAUGUCUUGUCAAUCCAACCUCACAGUUUUUUUUUUUUUUUUGGUUUUUGGUUUUUCGAUACAGGGUUUCUCUGUAGCUCUGGAGCACGACCUAGAACUAGCUCUUGUAGACCAAGCUGGCCUCGAACUCACACAUAUCCACCUGCCACUGCCUCCCAUGUUCUGGGGAAAAGGUGUGUACCACCACUGCCUGGCAUCCUCACAGUUUUUUUCAUAAAUAGUUUCAGCUCUAUGUGUGGUUGUCUUUGAGAUAGUUGAAUGAAUCCAGGAAUGUGUGCCUUCUAUUCAGUGCUUGCUAUUCUUUAAAAACUGGUAGGCUACAUCCUUCACCUUAACUCCAAAGCACAUCUUUACGCAGAAUUUUACCAUCUUUAAGAUUAACAAAAUUUACCAAAUUAAAUGCUGUUUCCUUAUUGACAUAAUGGUUCUUUCUUCAAUUUACCUCCUCUUUUUCUUUCCUUAACAUUUUCAUUUCCUCCUAUUUAACUUUUUUAAAUUAGUAAAAAAGUAAUGAGUUUCACUGUGACAUUUUCAUUACCGUUUUGUUUUUCUUUUGAUUAUUCUCCCUACCUUCCAUCCUCCUGCCCUCACUUCCACCACUAACCCCUGUUACGGUCCCAUCAGUAAGUAACUCCCAUUUCACCUUCAUAUCUCAUUUAUCAUCCUCCUUUCUCCUCCCCACUCCCUUAAGUCUGCUGGCCCACCUCCAGCAAGAAUGAAUUAGCUCAUGCCUCCAACACUUGGCUUGCCAAGCUCCUCAGUUAAAUACCCGACUUUAUCACUUACAGGAUCAAGUCUGGCUUUCCACAAAACUACAGGAGACAAUUCAGAUAAGUUGUUGUUUAGUUUAUUUUCUUUUUUUGCUGCUAUAUAACAAUUGCCUUUCUUCCAGGUCCCAGUACAAUAUUCAUUUCCUUUUGUGCCCUCACCAGAAAUGCCUUUAACAUCGACAUUCCCAACAGUGGUUUGGCUCAGGCAAUCUAUAGUUUCUCUAUUAAGUUCGUCAUCUAAAAUUGUUCCACCUACCACCCAGUAGCCCAUUCCAAAGCCCCUUUCCCAUCUGUAGAUAUUUGUCAUAGCAAUACCCCUCCUCAUACUAAAAUUUCUGUUAGGGUCCUAUGGUUGCUGUAACAGAUUCCCACAACACAGUGGGAAACACGAGUAGAUGUCUGGUUCUAUGAUGUUUUUAAGGUCACAAAUACAAAGCCAAGAUAUUGACAGGACAGCACUCCUCUGCGGGCUCAGGUAGAAAAUCCAUUCUUUGCCUCUUUUCGUGUGAUUUUCAUUAGUCCUUGGGUUGUGGCUUCAUCUGCCUUUUCAACACCAUCCCCUCUGUAUAAUCUACCUCUCCUUCUCUCUUGUAAGGAUAGUUUUGUUGACCCGUCAAGAUUGUCUAUGAUUACAUCCUCAUUUUCAGAGCCUAAAUUUAGUUACACCUCCCAAUACCUGCUUAACCAAAAUAUGGUAAUAUCUCAAAUUCUGGUGAUUAGCACAUGAAUAAACAUGUCUUUUUGUGGAGGGGGGGCAUAAUUCAACCACUACAGUAGUCACUGCAUAUAAAUAUACUUUAUACUUUUGAAAAUGCAUCCUUGGUGCUCAAGACAGAUUUAAGGUUGUUAUUAAAAAGCUACUCUCUGCACAGGCUACUGCAUGCUUUGUUAUUAAAUAGACAAAAAGCUAUUCUAAAUUUUGGUUGAUACUUUUGCCACUGUAGCCAAUUAGUUGAAAAAAAAUCAUGGAUCUCAACUCUGCUCUAGUGUAUCUCUUCUGCCCCUUUUAUGGAGUCUUUGUUCAGAUGUCUUCUCUGAUGCAUAAUGCAGGCACAAAACUACCUCUGAUACAGAAGAGUUUAAAAGCUUCCUUUAGAUAUUGUGAAUCCCUCUGCUGAAGGGAGAGGUGAAAGCCAAGACUGUGUUGAAUGGGUAUUGAGGGAGAUUGUGUCCAUAGCAAGCCACCUUAAAGAAAUAGUUCAAGCAGCAGUAAAACUGUCAAUUUGUGCUCUCAUUUAUCCUUGGAACAAACACCUGUAUCUGUGCUGGACCAAUAACGACUUGCAAUCUCUAUGUAAUGCCUACUAAUUCAAUAAAGCUUAGAUUUGC